CUAACGCCAUCUACCACUCUCUACAAGAACCCAUUCUCUCCCUCACCGCCUCCACUCUUCUGAAAGAUUAAUCUCUCUCUCCCAUUCUGAAAGAUUAAGCUCUCCUCUUUUUCUCUCUCUAGAACCAGUCAAAAUCUCUCUGUUUUUAGUUUUGGAUUGCUGUGAUUAGACUGUGUUUUUCAUUUGUUUUUUUGAUAAAAUUUCAAACUGGCGAUCGAAAACCACGAUACUACUGUUCGUGAAAUCAAGCCCAAGAGCAGAAGAAUCAUGGGUCCUGACGAUGAAGACAACCGAUGGCCGCCAUGGCUGAAACCUCUACUAAGAGAAAGCUUCUUCGUCCAAUGCAAACACCACAUAGAUUCUCACAAAAGCGAAUGCAAUAUGUACUGUUUAGAUUGUAUGAACGGCGCUCUCUGUUCUCUUUGCCUCAACUUUCACAAAGAUCAUCGCGCCAUUCAGAUUCGCAGGUCUUCUUACCAUGAUGUGAUCAGAGUUUCUGAGAUUCAAAAAGUUUUGGACAUUUCUGGUGUUCAAACUUACAUAAUCAACAGUGCUAGAGUCGUGUUCUUGAAUGAAAGGCCUCAGCCUCGGCCUGGCAAAGGCGUUACAAAUACUUGUGAAGUCUGUGAACGCAGCCUCCUUGAUUCCUUCCGAUUUUGCUCCCUUGGUUGCAAGAUCGUCGGAACCUCAAGGAGUUUCCAGAAGAAGAGGGCCGCAAUGGCAGCCUCCGACUCGGAGGAUUCUUAUAGCAGCAGCAGCAACCAUAGACGAAGCAAGAGCAACAACAGCAAUAACAAUAGCAAUAAAGUUCAAAGUUUUAGUCCUUCGACGCCACCCCCGACGUCGGUUAAUUACAGGACGGCGAAGCGGAGGAAGGGGAUACCUCAUCGAGCUCCGAUGGGAGGUCUAGUUUUAGAAUAUUAGUCCCUGCAUUUUCACCUAAUUAUCAUAAGACCCUUGAAAUGUAAUGUAAUUUCCACGCUGCUCUUCCCUCCAAUGCCUCGAGCUUUGUAAAAGAGGCCGGUGUUGGAGGGUCUUACUUUUAGCUUUGUACAUAGAAGAAGCAUAGAUGUGGGGUAAGAAAAAUAAUAAUAAUAAUAAGGCAAAUGUGAAAAUGUUGAAACCUUAGAGGACUAAAAAGAAAAAUAAGUUUGGUAGGUUUGAAUAAUUAUAUAAAUAGGUUGGGGUUAUAGUGAAUUAUACUAAGUUUUGGGUCGAAGUUGUAAAUAGUGGGUGGGAAUUUUCUCUUCUUUAUGCUUCUUAGAAGUGGUGAUGAAGAUACAAUGUACUCCUUGGAAUAAUGGAAUUUGGAGAUUGGUGUUUAUAUGUGAAAUGAAUAAUAUAUUUAUGUAUAUGCUCUA